AUGAAGCACAUUUUACUUCCUCUUAUAUCUUUACUUAUUGGCUCCAGCCUUGCUGCAGAUGUCGUUACAAUCACGGCACCAGUAUCCAUCCCCUCCAACGAGCCAGAAUGGAAGGACAAAGACACCUUCACAUCAGCCGUCCUCAACAGCACAAAUUUCUACCGGGAAGAGCACAACGCUACAGAUCUAAAGUGGAACAAGACACUCGAGAAGUUCGCAUCAGACUACCUCGGUGAUCUCGACGACUGCGAGUUUGAACACUCGGGCGGUCCAUAUGGCGAGAACCUCGCUAUAGGUUAUCCCAACGUCACGGCUAGCAUUGAGGCAUGGGGUGAUGAGCGGGACAAGUACGACUUUGACAAUGCCAAGUUUGGUGAGGAUACGGGCCACUUCACACAACUUGUCUGGAAAGAUACCACCACCGUUGGAUGUGGGAGGAAGUUAUGCGGCGAGAAGGGGUGGUAUCUGGUCUGCGAGUACUGGCCCAGGGGCAAUGUGAAGGGUCAGUUCGAAGAUGAGGUUAUCAAGGAGGAAGGUGGUGCGUUUACGACGAGACCUGGUGUUGGAUUGGCCUUGAUUGUUUUCCUUGGAUAUAUUGUUAUCUUUCUAUAG